AAGUAACGGAAGCAUAUUUACUCUGCUGAUGUGGUCGAACUAAACUAUUUUCUUGCCAGGUAAGAGUGACAAUGAAUUCUCAGUUUAAAAAAGCUGAAAUAGGUGUAUAAAGUAUACUAUUUAUAACAUUCUACCGUGGCAUUCAGUUCGUUUAAACGGUCACAUCGAAGCGAAUGACUCAAUCGUGAAGGUUGUCAUCUUUGGUCGUGGUUUUGCCGGUCUUAAGUUUUCUUGCUAAGUCAGCAAGUGUGUAACACCAAGAUGAAAACGAAAUCAAAAUUAUUUCUCUUCAGUGCAUUAUCGAUCUAGCCGUUGAAAUAUUAUGCCUUGAUUGCUGAAGCGGAGUUACCUCUACAGCACUUAUUAUUACAAUCUAAUUGCAGCCUCUCUCCUUAUCCGAACUGAAAUGAUUACAGAUAGUUUGUUAGUUUUCACUUCAGAAACUAUUUUCAUCCGAUCCCCUUUCAAAUAUAAUUUCAUUUUAUGUACACCCGUUUUCAAAAACGAUGCAAUAUGAAAAAGAAUAUACGAAAUUGAUACAUUUUUUUCUCUCAUCAAAACGUUUCUCUUUGAUGAGAAAACGAAAGUAUAUAUAUUGCAAGUGUUAGGGCUACUGUAACUGCAAGUAACAUUAAUCAUAUAUGGUGUUACACAGAACCUUCUAUAUGAUAAUAUAUACACACAAGCAUUUACAGGUUUUUUUUUCUGAUUUUUGGCCAUACAUCCUGACUCAAACAUUUCAUAAUGACAACAAAGGAUGUUAAAUAAGACUAUGGGAGGGGAUAGCACAUUGGUCAAAGUGCCCAACCCCCUCCUCCUCCCCCCACUUUUGUUAGAGUCUGAUUCCUUAACCUGGGCCCAGUUGUUCAAAGGCUGAUUGGUGCUAACCCAGUGUUAAAUUUUAAUCCAGGUUUCUAUAUUUCUCUGUUCAAAAGUCCUUUUGGAAUAAUUUUACUCUUUGUUUUGAGAGCACUUAGUCAAAAAGAAAUAAACUGAAUUUGCUCUUCAAGCUUUCAGACCUGAGAUCAAAUUUCACACUAACCUCAGGUUAUCUUAACCCAGCUUUGAACAACUCAGCCCUGGGGUCUAUUCAUCUCAAGGGCCCAGUUGAAAGGCCCUUUUUUGCACUUACCAAUGAACCUGAAAUACAUUGUCAAUGUCAAAAUAGCACAAGGACAAGUCUGUAAAAGCUAACAAGAACUGAUAAUCUUUUUUUUUUUUCUCAGAUAAACCCCAAUGAUGCAGAAAAAGGGAUCUGAGCCUGAUUUUACAGAGCCAUGGCAUCUUAGUGAUUCUGUCCUUGUUGUUGAGGAGAAGAAGUUCCAUGUUCACAAGGGUACUUUAUCCAUGUGGUCACCAGUGUUUGAAAGAAUGUUCUCCUCAGAGUUCAAAGAAAAAUUUGCAAGUGAGAUUCCUCUUCCGGGAAAGAAUGCCUCUGAAAUAAAGGAGCUGUUGCUUGUCAUUUACCCAACAUCAAAACCAAUUGGUGAAAACAACUGUUACUUCCUUCUUCCCUUGGCAAGAGAGUAUCAAAUGGAGCAACUCACAGAGCGCUGUGAAAAGUAUCUGCUACAGAGAGAAAAGACUCCUCACCAGGCUAUUGACUUCCUUGUAUUAGCUAAUGAGUUUAACAUGGAGGAAUUGUGCAAACAAUGUGUUGAAAUUGCUAAACACAUGUCAAUAUCAGAAGUGCGACGUCAUGAGAAAUAUGCCAAGAUUGCUCCAGAGGAGGGCAGACAAUUGGCUGAAAGGAGAGUGGAGUUACUUGAGAACAAGAUGCAAAGCAGUGAGCAAAGGGUGAAUUCUGUAAAGAAAGAAGUCAAAGAUGUGUGUGAGUGGGGAGUAAGGGAACUGGGACGGGUUUUGUAUCUGAAGAAAUACCCAGAAGGAAGACGAAUUCCACGUGCUGUUAGUGAUUGUACAAAGCUUAUAGAGGAAACAGCAGUGGAAAGUGUUGAGGUUGCUGUCAUGAUACAGUUGGUACAACAUCGCCUUCGAAGUAUCUAUGAGCCAAUGUACAGUAAUAAUCAAAAAUAA